UGUAAGCCGAGGCACGUCAGUGAUAGUAAGUGAUUGAUCGCUGAAAACGAUUAAGGUUUUGAGACCAUCAAGUGGCUUUCUGCGGUAUAAUUUUCCAGUUAAACAGAAUGCGGGCUUUCUGUCCUGUUACAUUUUUUCAAGUGGAACGAGUUCACGAGCUAUAACCAGAUUCAGCGGGCAUAAACACAAUGACAGUGGUAAGGUGGCCGUAAAGUGAUGAGCAUCCUUAACAACGAAAGUAACGAAAUCGUGGUUGGCUGACAGCACUUGCCGGCCAAUGCCCGUCAGUGACACAGUUCCCGUACUUCCUGCUUGUAUGUAUCAUUUGCCACAAUAAUUCCGCCUGUUUAUUCUUUGAAUGCUCCAUUGAGUCAUAGCCGAUAGCCAAUAUGUUGUGGCACAGGCUUGUAUGCCAAAGUCUUCCUUAUUGCCAAUCGCCCCAUGUUGCUCACGUAUUGUAUAAAACUACCAGUCGUCUCAAAGCCAACCAACAGUCACCUGGACAAGCUCCAUCAGAAAUAAGCCUAAUGCUGCUCCAGUGUUGUCGUGCGUUUGUGCUGGUUUCGUCGCUGCUGGUCGUCGUCACCGCAGUCGAACCCGAUACAGGUGUGCGUUUACCUCGUCAUUUAAUUCCUCGUCAUUACACUGUUAGAUUGUUGCCGCACGUCCUGGACGAGAAAGAAAAUGCCACUCUGGACGGCUCUGUACAAAUCGACGUCCUUUGCAUCCAAGAUACUCCACAAAUUUUCCUGCAUGCUGUCGGCAUUCGAGUGAAUCUGGAAUCCAUCAAAAUCUACGACCGAGGGUCCAAAGAGCGUUUUCCUGUCCAGAACAUCACAGAGGAUGUUGAGAACCAGUUUGUUAUUCUUCACCUAAGACGAAAGUAUCUCGUCAAGGGAGCCAAUUAUGUGUUGGCCAUGACUUUUAUCGGUCGUCUCAACAAUCAAGAUCAUUCCCGAGGUUUCUAUCGUUUGAGGUACAUGGAAGCUGGUCGACCGAGCAUGAUGGCGUUGACACAAAUGGAGCCAAUCGACGCUCGGAAAGUCUUCCCAUGUUUUGAUGAGCCUGAUUUGAAAGCUGAUUUUAGCGUCAUUGUGGGUCGACCCGGUCACAUGAUUUCUGUUAGCAAUAUGCCUCUGUACAGAACUUUACCUAUGUAUGGAGAAGGAUUUCCUGGUUAUGAAUGGGACGUUUUCCAUCGUUCAUAUGCCAUGUCAACGUACCUAGUCUCUGUGGCUAUAUUGGACAGCGCUUCUUGGUUGAGUAUGUCAGACGGAAAUGUCAACUUGAGAUUGUGGGCUCGUCCGUCGCUUCUUAAUCAAACAAGGCAUUCUUUGAAGGUAGCUAGAAAACUGCUUGAUUUUUACCAAAACUAUUUGGCGCUGGAUUUCCCACUACCCAAACAGGACAUUAUCGCUGUCCCCAAUAUAGAAACUGCCAUGGAAAACUGGGGCCUCAUCAUUUCCGGCGAGCAGUUCCUCACACAGGAAGAGGGGGUUACGUCAGAAGCCAAGAAAGAAAUCAACACCUUGGUGAUGGCUCACGAAAUGGCUCACCAGUGGUUUGGAAACCUAGUCACGUUGAACUGGUGGACAGACAUCUGGUUGAACGAAGGAUUAGCUACUUAUCUUUCCUACGUUGCUGUAGACCAGGUUUAUCCCGAUUACAAAAUGAUCGAAAAAUUCGUUCUCAGUGAGAUGCAAAAAGUGAUGUUCGAUGACGCCUUAUUAACUUCCCAUCCCGUUUACCGAACGACUAAUCAGACAGAAGAAAUCACUUCAGUCUUUGAUGUCAUUUCGUACAAAAAAGGCGCUUCCAUAUUGAGGAUGUUGAACGAAAUGAUUGGUCACAAAACUUUCAAGCAAGGGCUAACACGCUAUUUAAAAACUCUAGAAUACCAUAACGCUGUACAGAAUGAUUUGUGGUCAGCGUUCACAAGACAGGCAGUCAUUAACAAGGUGAAACUGCCCUAUGAUAUAAAAACGAUUAUGGAGACCUGGACGCAUAACGUUGGCUAUCCAGUUGUGACGAUAGCUCGCAAUUAUUCUGCCCGUACGGCCACGGUAGCGCAAUCCCGUUUCCUUUUAUACCAAGACAAGAAUUCCUCCAUCAUAGACGAUGGUGAAGAAAAUCUUUGGAUCAUUCCAUUAACUUUUACCACAGCACCCUCUGCGAACCAGGAGCCUCAACUGAGAUGGUUGCCUCAACUGUCGCAAGCAGAGAAAAUAGCGGAUUUCAACGUUCCCGCUGACCAAUGGGUUAUCUUCAAUGUGAAUCGUACAGGAUUUUUUCGAGUGAAUUACGAUGAGCGCAAUUGGAAUUUAAUCUGGGCUCAGCUACUUCAUGAUCCACGACAGAUUCCCACUAUAAGCAGAGCCCAAAUUAUAGAUGACGCGUUUCAUUUGGCUCGAGCUGGUCUCUUACCAUAUCAAAUGGCUUUUAAUUUGGCCAAUUAUUUGAAGAAGGAAACAGACUAUUUGCCAUGGAAAUCCGCUUUGGACGCCUUCAGUUACAUUAAUAUGAUGCUGGCUGGCUCGCCGACUACCCACGAAGCGUUUAAGCAAUUUGCAAUUGGGAUUCUGACGCCAAUGUACCAACAAAUGAAAGUUUUAGGCAGCAAUAACAAAGACCCCGUGGCUCGGCAACUUCUUUCAGAGGCCACUAAAUGGGCCUGCCAAUGGGAUCAGACAGAUUGCGUCGAAUACGCGCUUUCCGCUUAUCGAGACUGGAUGGCCCAAUUAAACGGCUCUGCAGUUAUAGUGCCAGCUGAUCUGAAACGCGUCGUUACCUGCACAGCGAUACGUCACCUGAACUUGUCCGAAUGGCAGUUUGCUUGGAAAAAAUUCCAGGAAUCCAACAUUCACUCGGAAAAGGAAGAUCUGCUUGCGGGAAUGACUUGUACCACCAACACAUCUCUUUUAUCCACCAUGUUGCAAUGGACGCUGGGGAACUCUUCCCACCGGUUGGACAGCAUUCACUUCCUCGAUGUCAUUAAGAAUAUUGCAUCGGAAACGUUAAAGGGCAGAGAUUUUGCCUUUGAAUUCCUAGCUUCUCACUGGGAUUUGCUAAAAUUCAGAUACAAUGAUCGACCAGACUCGGCACUAGAAAUGGUCGCUUCAUCAUUCAACACUUUGUCUGAUUUGGAAAAGAUGGAUGCUUUCAACAGUAAUCAUGGGGAGGGCGAUCUGAUUUCGUACCUUUAUAGUGUAACCGAGGCCAACAUUCAGUGGAUGUCGAAACAUUAUCAAGCCAUUGACGAAUGGCUUCACCAGUUGCUAGUUUAAAUUAAAGCUUACAUUAAAUUAUUAUAAAGUGUUAUGUUUAUAAGGAAC